UUUUGCCAGUUUCUCUUGUCGCGAUGAUCUUUUCCUUGCUUUCCGGCGCGGAUACAUCAAUCUUCCUUGGAAGCAUUGUUUUCCUACUCGUAUUUGUGAUAGGUGCAGAAAACGGGGUUUCCUCAGCAAUUUUUGCCUUGCACACAUUAAUUUUCGUGCCAUCUCUCAUCAGCUUAAUCUGGCGUUGGCGUACUUGCCGAUAUGAUGUUCUGUUUGGAGACUGGGCUGAGGACGUCGGCUCUCGUUCGACCAAGCAACCUCUGAAUCCUUCUUCACUUUCACUGGAAAACCAACAAGUUCUUUUAAAUCGCGUAGAGACAGCCCUGUCGACGUCACCGAUGACGAAUGUGUUGGUGAUGGCGCCGUCUAUUGCUCUGUUUUACAUCUUGCUCGUCCGCCUAUUCGUCGGUCAGGAUAUCUUCGCUGGCGACCCCUCCCAGCUAGACUACGGAUGGAAGUUUGGUAUUGUUAAUGGUGAAGAUAACAUUGCCUUCGUUCCCGAGUUUAAUUCAUACGGACACUGGAUUCAAGGUGUGUUGUCUGCCGCUUUCGCUUUUCCGAGUUUGAAUGCCACUGUGUGCCAGUUUUUAAUGUGCAGAGCGUUUCGGAAAGCUUCCUUUUAUGGACCCACUAGUAGUGGACUUUUUCGAACAGUUCACUUCGCUUCCUGGGUUCUCACAAUAUACCCGGCCUACAAUCUCGUGAAGCGUUUUUACCGAUACUCGGAAGCCUUUGCCGGGUCAUCCUUCGGUAACAACGGCUUGGAGUGGGCGUACGGAUUUAUGAAUGGUAUAGCUGUGGGGCAAAUGGUUACUUCGAUUCACCGUCACACUCUUUUCGUAUGGAUUCGAACAGAUGGCCAAACGUUUGAGGCUUUGUCGCGAGAACGUGACUCGUGGGUUGUUCGCGGUGGUGGCUGCACUGCCUUUUCUGGGGGCUUUUGUGUGUGUCUGGGCAUACUGGAAGCGAUGCUUGGCCUGUUGCUGGUGUUUUCGGUCUUGUCAGCGGCAGCUUUGUUCGGCUUGACGUGGCAUGGGUGCUUGGGCGGUGGUAACGACUGCUUGAACUAUGAAGCCGACGUCGAUACCAGAACACUAUUGUUUGGAUUCUGCAUUAUUCCAACAGUAAUUAUAUGUUAUGCAGCGCUACAGGAAUGUUGGCGUCUGAAGAACGGGCAGCACAUUUGA